GCGCGGAUGUGCAUUCAGCUCGUGUCUGAGAGGAGGAGGAGAAGAAGAAGAAGAAAACCGCCACCGGCUCCAGCCAGCUGUUAAAAUAUUCAUUAAACAGCAGAUAUCUGACGGCCCGGUGUGUCUUCGAGGUUAUGGGCAGGACGCUGCUCUGAGGGAGGGUCCAGCAGCACGACUUGACAUUUUACCCGCGGAAAUAAUGAUGAAGAAGGAUAUUAACUUGAGCCUGGCGGACGACGCGGACCUCAAACCACACCUCCGCGACGCCGAGAGCAUCCUGAACUCCCCGGACCUGGGGCUGCUCAAGCUGGCCUCCCCGGAGCUGGAGAGGCUCAUCAUCCAAUCCAACGGAAUGGUCACCACGACGCCGACCAGCUCCCAGUUCCUCUACCCGAAGACGGUGACGGACGAGCAGGAGUUCGCCGAGGGCUUCGUGAAGGCGCUGGAGGACCUGCACAAGCAGAACCAGCUGAACGGAGCCGGACAGACCAACAGCAACAUGGACCUCGGCGCUAACAUCGCUCCGGUCAACGUGCAGCCGGACCUGCCGGUGUACACGAACCUCAACAGUUACGGCAGUGGACCGCUGGGAACCACUGUCAACUACUCCACGGACACGGUCCCUUUCCCGCCUCCUCCGUCACAUCAUCUGGGGACAGCCCCGCCGCAGUCGGAGCUUUCUCGGGUCCAGCCGCUGAAGGAGGAGCCUCAGACGGUUCCCGACGUACAGAGCUUCGGAGAAAGUCCGCCGCUGUCUCCCAUCGACAUGGACAGUCAGGAGCGCAUCAAAGCCGAGAGGAAGAGGCUCAGGAACCGGAUCGCAGCCUCCAAGUGUCGGAGGCGCAAACUGGAGCGGAUCUCUAGGCUGGAGGACAAGGUCAAAACGCUGAAAAGCCACAACACCGACCUGGCCUCGACGGCGGGCCUGCUGAGGGAGCAAGUGGCCCAGCUGAAGCAGAAAGUCCUCACCCACGUCAACAGCGGCUGCCAGCUGCUGCCACACGAAGUUCAAGUGCACUAGUCGGAGGGACAGAGCUGCAGUGGGGCUACUGACCAGCAUAUAAGCUUCAUGGACUUGGAUAAUGUUGGUUUUCCUGUAUGUAGCCUAGUCCAGAUGUGUGCCGUUUCCAGGGAUGAAUGCCAGGCCACGUAGGCCAAACUGGAGACUACAUUAAUAACUGGCCUUUUCAAAACGCCUUUUAGGACUAGCAACAUGUAAACAUACCUGGUAAACACACUUUAACAUGGUGGAUAAGGAAAUUCUGUUAUAAGUCAAAGGUAAAUUUGGACAAGCUGUAUUUUUUAUUCCUACAGCAAUUUCCAGAUUCACUACUGCCCGAUGGAAAGAUCAAAUCAGUGUCUUGGAUUUUUUUCAGUAAACAUUAGUCAGUUGGUUUAUUUGAUUUAGGCUGAAAUGAAAGGCCUUUAAUAUAUUCAGCGUGUCUAAUCCUGUUCUACCUGGUGUGUAUGUUUACUGGUGAACAAGGCAGCAUUAACCUGCCAGUGUUUUUAAGGCUUCCCUGAUGGGAGACAGAGGCACUUACAUGAGCUCUAUGUUCAACUUUGAUGACAAAGACGCGACACACGUCCAGAUUUUCUUCUGUAAAAAUGUUUACCGACUGUCAUCUAACAGUCUUCAACCUGGACCAAACAGACUGACUAUAUUUCUACAAUAAUAUGCACAUUUAUGACACAGAUAUGCUUAAUAUAUGAGGAAUUGGCUGUAAGAAAAUUGCAUAUACACCCACAUUUGAUAUGUAACAGAUAAUCUACAAAUGUAGUCUAUAUAUCAUGUAUUUCUGUAGGGAAUAAUUUGCAUGUUGUUGACAAACUCGAAUGUUGCCCACAGCUGGGUGUCACAGGGCGCAAUUAAUCAGUGUUUAUUAUCUUUAACCUUUACACACAUGUAUUUGUCUAUUUUUACUCUACUGUGUCCCUAUUUCAGUGUGUUCUUGUUUCAAAUGUGAAGACUCGUAACAUUUCUUUUGCACUGACUGUUGCUAUCACCUCUAGCCUACAGUUAUUUGGCUUCAUGCCGUUGUGUUCUGAAUUAAAUGCUGCUCGGCAAUAAACACUGUUUCCUCUA